AUGCUAAACAAACGAGACAAGACAGACAAGUCAAACAUGCUAAACAAACGAGACAAGACAGACAAGCCAAACAUGCUAAACAAACGAGACAAGACAGACAAGCCAAACAUGCUAAACAAACGAGACAAGACAGACAAGCUAAACAUGCCAAACAAACGAGACAAGACAGACAAGCCAAACAUGCUAAACAAACGAGACAAGACAGACAAGCCAAACAUGCUAAACAAACGAGACAAGACAGACAAGCCAAACAAACGAGACAAGACAAACAAGCCAAACAUGCUAAACAAACGAGACAAGACAGACAAGCCAAACAAACGAGACAAGACAGACAAGCCAAACAUGCCAAACAAACGAGACAAUGCAGACAAGCCAAACAUGCUAAACAAACGAGACAAGACAGACAAGUCAAACAUGCUAAACAAACGAGACAAGACAGACAAGUCAAACAUGCUAAACAAACGAGACAAGACAGACAAGUCAAACAUGCCAAACAAACGAGACAAUGCAGACAAGCCAAACAUGCUAAACAAACGAGACAAGACAGACAAGUCAAACAUGCUAAACAAACGAGACAAGACAGACAAGCCAAACAUGCCAAACAAACGAGAUAAGACAGACAAGUCAAACAUGCUAAACAAACGAGACAAGACAGACAAGUCAAACAUGCUAAACAAACGAGACAAGACAGACAAGUCAAACAUGCUAAACAAACGAGACAAGACAGACAAGUCAAACAUGCUAAACAAACGAGACAAGACAGACAAGUCAAACAUGCUAAACAAACGAGACAAGACAGACAAGUCAAACAUGCUAAACAAACGAGACAAGACAGACAAGUCAAACAUGCUAAACAAACGAGACAAGACAGACAAGCCAAACAUGCCAAACAAACGAAACAAGACAGACAAGUCAAACAUGCCAAACAAACGAAGCAAGACAGACAAGUCAAACAUGCCAAACAAACGAAGCAAGACAGACAAGUCAAACAUGCCAAACAAACGAAACAAGACAGACAAACGAAACAUGCCAAACAAACGAGAUAAGGCAGACAAGCCAAACAUGCCAAACAAACGAGACAAGACAGACAAGCCAAACAUGUCAAACAAACGAGACAAGACAGACAAGCCAAACAUGCCAAACAAACGAGACAAGACAGACAAGUCAAACAUGCCAAACAAACGAAGCAAGACAGACAAGUCAAACAUGCCAAACAAACGAAACAAGACAGACAAACGAAACAUGCCAAACAAACGAGACAAGGCAGACAAGCCAAACAUGCCAAACAAACGAAACAAGGCAGACAAGCCAAACAUGCUAAACAAACGAGACAAGACAGACAAACGAAACAUACAAAACAAUGCAGACAAGCCAAACAUGCUAAACAAACGAAACAAGACAGACAAGUCAAACAUGCCAAACAAACGAGACAAGACAGACAAACGAAACAUGCCAAACAAACGAGACAAGACAGACAAACGAAACAUGUCAAACAAACGAGACAAGACAGACAAACGAAACAUGUCAAACAAACGAGACAAGACAGACAAAUGA